AUGCUCCAGAGCGCAGUUGACCUGGUGGCCAAUGUCACUUCCACCGGCCAUCUGGUGUUUGCCCUGGUGUUGGCAGCGAGCGUGAGCUAUAUCAUUUAUCAAGUCUGGUUUCAUCCACUGGCCGUCUACCCGGGCCCUUUCGUCGCCAAACUGACCAAUUUGUAUUCCGUGGCGCACGCAAUACGUGGGGACCGCCAUGAGGAUCUCUAUCGGCUGCAUCAGCAGUACGGGCGCAUUGUGCGCAUCGGCCCCAACCGAGUGACCAUCCUCGAUGCGCGGGCUCUUGAACUGAUUUAUGGUCACAAGGCCAAUGUGCAAAAGUCGCAGUGGUAUGCCGGAUUCUACAGUGUAAGCAUUUUCAAUGCGAUCGAUCGCAAUGUACAUGCCCGCAAGCGUCGCGUGAUGUCGCAGGCAUUUUCCGAUCAGGCAGUUCGAGGGAUGGAGCCACAUAUUCUGUCGGCCAUCCGCGACUGGUGUUUAGCGAUUGGAGAUCAGCACCCGGACCAGAAAGGAAGCCCAAGCCAAGGCUGGUCGAGCCCGAAGGAUAUGGUACACUGGAGCGCAUGUGUUAUCUUCGAUGUCCUGGGCGAGAUCUGCUUUGGGAACACCUUUAAUACGGCUCGGAGCGACGAAAACACUUUUUUCUUUCCGCUCAUGAAGCUAAAUGUGCGCAUCUUGAAUAUAUGCGGUCAAAUGCCGCUACUGCGUCACCUUGGCGUGGACCGGUACAUGCGCUGGGGAACUGCUGCCAAUCGGGACCGACAGGUUGAUUUCUCGCGGAAACAGCUCUCCACACGCUUGGCGGCUAAUCCGACCCAACGACGCGAUAUUAUUUACUAUCUGCAACUGGCUCGCGACCCGGAAACCGGACAAGGAUAUUCAGUGCAGGAAUUGAUCGGCGAAGUUACCUUAUUAUUGGGUGCUGGAGCGGAUACCGCUAACACGGCCCUCGCGGCGACAUGGUAUUUCUUGGUCCAUCAUCCGGAUAUCUACCAGCGCUUGACCGCAGUAAUCCGGUCCAGCCAUAUGUCCUACCUCCGUGCCUGCAUCGAGGAGAGUAUGCGCCUAUGUCCACCCAUACCAAUGGAUCUACCCCGCGAGGUUCUGCCUGGGGGCCUCAAGGUCCUGGAGUGGGACUUUCCUGCUGGGACGGUCGUUGGGGUACCCACAUACUCACUGCAUCAUUCAUGUGAACAUUUUGACCGGCCAUUUGAAUAUGACCCCAGUCGCUGGUUGCUGCGCGGAUCAGAAGCCACACAGGCAGUCGAUGAGGGUGUGUCAGCUGAAGUCCUAGCUCGUCAGCGUGCAGCCUUUGUAUCGUUCAGUCUGGGUCCACGAGCAUGUAUUGGCCGCAAUGUGGCAAUGAUGGAACUGGAGUUGAGCAUAGCUCGCAUGCUAUGGUUGUAUGACCUUAGAGUCGCCCCCGGCACUGAAAAAUUGGGGGUUGGGAAAGGAGGCGAAUAUAAAAUGAAGGACAAUUUUAUCGUGGGCAAAGAAGGCCCGAUGGUGGAGCUUCGACAACGCGAGGUUUAG